AUGCCUGACGACGACUCCCGAUGUCUACCCCGACAUGGCUUCGAAGGAGAAUAUGACUUCGAUUCCCUUGUCGACAAAAAUCCAUUCCUUUUCCGGGUUUAUACGCCCAAAGCCGCCUCUCCAUCGAUCUCGUACGACCCCAAGAUAUUCUGCAUAGCGCCCAAAUUUGACGCCAAAUAUACAUCACCCCCUUCCGCUAUCGAGUCGCUCAGUCCAAUUGGGCCAUUGACUGAAAUCGCUACAUGCGAGGAAGUUGCACGUCAUUUGGACUGGACAACUCGUUCAUCCUCUCCGUUCAUUUCUACGUCUUUUAGCUUUGCCUGGGCAAUAUGGGAAGCUCUUCGACGGUAUAAAUCAGGCGUCAAGCAUGACGUUGAAAUCGCCGUUAUCGAUGCGGCUUCCCUGAAGGGAAAGGCAGCAACAGCUGUUCAGAUCUUGAGAAAGGCUACAUUUGAUGAACGGCCUCAUCAUUAUUGGCGCUGGUACCAUUUCUCCCAAGAGUCGCAAUCUGUUGUUGUAUACGGGUAUAUCCCGUUAACGUCUGUUAUGGCUUCUGUCCCCCUUCUUUCUAUUCUCGAAAAGAUGCCUUCAUACUUCCUUCGGUCGGAAAUCCCCGCCAACCCUUCGAUGACGGAAACGUCUCUAAUCAAUCGCGUUGUGUGGGAUUUUACAAACAAAAAAUCCACAUAUAAACAAUUUUGUGAAGCCAUGACAGACCGACAUUUCAAACAAUCGACCGAAAUGCGACUAAGAGAGUCCAUAGUUGGCUCUAUACGUCUCGCAGUUGCUCUGCUUAACCCAUGGUUCCAUAAAACCGCUGCAGAUGACAUUGACUGGGCUGUCCACAAGACUGCGGAGUUAGCAUCUCUAAUAGCUGCCUGGCCUGAUCCUCAAGAUCCCGCGGAGAUGCAGGAUGUCUUGAACGGAAUGGUGUCGUUGCUGGCGGAGGAAGUGCGGGAAAAACACCAUGCUUCACUCCUUGGAGAAGUCCUAGAGUUGGCAGGUGUUAUUGACGACAUUGAAGAUGUUGUUUAUUCGUUGGAA